UUAUUAGGGAUAAAAAUGUCCCGAAUUAAAUAAUGUGGAGCGAAGCUCUGGUGAUGGUUGGUUCAGCCAACAUCUUAUUGAAUAUUUAAUUUCUUGUGGGCCUGAUGGCCCACUCUCGAUCAGCUUGAUUCAGCGGUCUGAGCGUCUCCAAAAGGGCGACGCCCCGACGACGCAUUUUAAUUUGAGGGUUGCGUGUUAGUCCGCACGGCACUACGUGCCCGAUCGACGAUCGUACCCCAGUAUCAUCUACGCCAUUAGGCGCGAAGUGACUAUUGCCAGACGCGGCCUGUGGGGCCCCGAGGGCACCAAAGCGCUCGGCCUCGUGUUUCCGAGGGCGGUGCGACCAACUUGGGUCUGAGUUUGAAAACUCACAGACCGAUGAAUAUCUCUAUGUGACGUUCGGCGGGCUGCUAAUUGGCCCCGCCGCGAGCUGCUACGUCCAUUAACCCCGCACGAUGAGCCGGGCCGAGGGUCACGAUAACCCAUAGGCCGGUAAUCGUGGAUAUUAGAGAGAAAGCCAUGCAGAUGAUUGCGUGUGUAUACAUAUUGUCGGGCCGUGCGGCCCGUUACCAUGCUUAUUGCGCAGCUGAAGCCGCUCGACGCGCUCGAGUGAAAUGAUUAGAAGACGCUCGGCCCGAGACUUGAAGACGUGCAGGGCCGGCUAAAGAGGAGAGCAUCACGGCUGAGGACCGUGAGACGAGCAUCUCCACCUAGGGGCCGAGGGCCUAGAGGAGACCACCACGGUUGAGAACCGUGGGACGAGCAUCUCCACCCCAGAGACCGAUGGCCUAGGAAGAACACCUAGAGGCCGAGGAUCUAGAGGCGAAUGCCAUGACAGAGAAUCGUGAGACGAUCAUCCAUCAUCCAGAGGCCGAGGGCCAAGAGGAAACCAUCACGGCUGAGAGCCGUGAUACGAGCAUCUCCACACCAGGAGCCGGUGGCCUAGAGGAGACCACUACGGCCGAGGGUCGUGGGACCAUCCUUACAUCACGACCGACCUCACGGUACGGCGUAUUUAUCACCUGAAGACCGGUAUCAUCCCCGCGCUGCGCGGAUGAGAGCCGUUGCACGGAUACACUUGAUCGGCCUCUCAUUGCCGACAUCAUUAUACCACGACCGGCCUCUCGGCUCGGCGUGCCUAUCUUUUGAAGACCGGCCUCGUCCCCGCCCUCGCGGACGAGGACCGUUGCUUGAUUUUUGGGAUCGGCCUCUCAUUGCCGACACUGUCAUAUCAUGUUCGGCCCCCCGGCCUGACGUGAUUAUCAUCUUUGAAGACCGGCCUCGUCCCCGCCCUCGCGGACGAGGACCGUUGCUUGAUUUUUGGGAUCGGCCUCUCAUUGCCGACACUGUCAUAUCAUGUUCGGCCCCCCCGGCCUGACGUGAUUAUCAUCUUUGAAGACCGGCCUCGUCCCCGCCCUCGCGGACGAGGACCGUUGCUUGAUUUUCUCAGAUCGGCCGCUCAUUGCCGACACUGUCAUAUCAUGUUCGGCCCCCCGGCCUGGAGUGAUUAUCAUCUUUGAAGACCGGCCUCGUCCCCGCCACCCCGCGGACGAGGACCGUUGUUUGAUUCUUUCAGAUCGGCCCGCUCAUUGCCGACACCAUUAUACCACGACCGGCCCCUCGGCUCGGCGUGCUUAUCUUUUGAAGACCGGCCUUGUCCCCGCCCCUCGCGGACGAGGACCAUUGCUUGAUUCUUUCAGGUCGGCCUCUGACUGCCGACACUAUCAUGUUAUGAUCGGCCUCUCGGCACGACAUAUUUAUCUUUUGAAGACCGGUUUCAUCCCCGCGCUGCGUUGGAUGAGAGCCGUUGCUCGGAUAAAUCGGCCUGACCGGACACUAUUGUCAUCUCCAUUAUCAGGACCGACUGCUCAGCGACAUUAUGAUCAUUGUAUAUCGGCUCCCAAUGCCGACCUUCUUGAGUUAGCGAUCGGACUCACCCCUCCCUUCAUGAGGGUGACCAUCGCCUUCGCAUGACAUUAUGUGUGACAUCACUUGUGGUUAUUCUUGGAACCGACGAACGUAUUUUCCUCCCUCAAAAAAAAAAAAAAAAAAAAGAGAAGAAAAGAAAAGAAAAGAAAAAAAAAAAAUGGGGAGAAGGGGAGACGAGAUCCUAUGAGAGAGGGAGUCUUGACGAGGUAUGCCUGAUCUUCCUUCGCCGCGUAUGACGAACGUCUCCCGACGCGGAGGCUAGUAGGAACGUGGGGGGGGGGGGCUAGACGUACCAAAGGGAACCUCGGCAAGAUAAACCAGUUCCUCCCAUGACCCGUGGUUCGAUGAACACCUUCUGCUAAAGCAGAAGGCUAGUAGGGCCACGAGCAUGGGACGACGAAGCAGGGAAUCCCGACGUGGAUAAACCAGUGACCUCCUUGCGAUCGUUGGAUGACCGAACGUCUUCUUCGAAGCAAGAAGAUUAGUAGGACCACGACAGGGACGAACGAAGAAUAGGGAAUCCCGACGUGGAUAAACCUGUUCCUCCUUGCGAUCGUGGGAUGACCAAACGUCUUCUUCGAAGUAAGAAGAUUAGUAGGACCACGACAAGGACGAACGAAGAAUAGGGAAUCCCGACGUGGAUAAACCUGUUUCUUCUCAUAGUUGGGAUGACGAACGUCUCCUGCGAAACCAGGAGACCAGUACUCACGAGACUUGGGAAGAACGAAGAACCAGUUCUUUACCGGAGUCUGUUGCGUGCCGAGUGUACACCGCUUAGCGGUCCAUACAUAGGACCACGGAUACGGUAGACGAACGAAGACCAGCUCCAUGGAUCCGACAUGAAGAACCAGUUCUUUACCGGAGUCUGUUGCGUGCCGAGUGUAAACCGCUUAGCGGUCAAUACAUAGGACCACGGAUACGGUAGACGAACGAAGACCAGCUCCAUGGAUCCGACAUGAAGAACCAGUUCUUUAUCGGAGUCUGUUGCGUGCCGAGUGUACACCGCAUAGCGGUCCGUACAUAGGACCACGGAUACGGUAGACGAACGACGAUCAGCUCCCCAGAUCAGGUAGGAGGGACAACGCCCAGAUUUAUUUCAGGCUCACCAUUCUUUCCCGGAUGGAGUCCUGGCAGACGAUCGGCUUCUCACAGCCAAUCAGGAGAGAGACUUGACACAUCACCAGCACGGCCGAGGGCCGCGAGACGAUUAUCACUCACCGACAGGCCGAGGGCCAUGAGAUGAUCAUCACUAUUUUUCUGAACCACGAUCGGCCCCUCAGCGCCAUCGUGUCCAGAUUCACGGUUCGGCUCGCCCAUUCCCUUCCAGGAUGGCGACGACCGUCUUAUGCAGUACGAUCGGCCCCUCAGCGCCAUCGUACCCAGCUCACGUUCAGCUCGCCCAUUCCCUCCAGGAUGGCGACGAACGUCUUAUGCAGUAUGAUCGGCCCCUCAGCGCCAUCAUACCCAGUUCACGGUUCGGCUCGCCCAUUCCCUCCAGGAUGGCGACGACCGUCUUAUGCAGUACAACCGGCCCCUCAGCGCCAUCGUACCCAGCUCACGUCCAGCCCGUCCGUCCCUUCCAGGGUGGCGACGAACGUCUUAUGCAGCACGAUCGGCCCCUCAGCGCCAUCGUGUCUCUUUCACGUUCGGAUCGCGCAUCUCUUCCAGGAUGGCGACGAACGUCUUAUGCAGUGCGAUCGGCCCCUCAGCGCCAUCGUACCUGGCUUCACGGUUCGGCUCGCACAUUCCCUCCGGGAUGGCGACGACCGUCUUAUGCAGCACGAUCGGCCCCUCAGCGCCAUCAUGUCUCUUUCACGUUCGGAUCGCGCAUCUCUUCCAGGAUGGCGACGAACGUCUUAUGCAGUGCGAUCGGCCCCUCAGCGCCAUCGUACCUGGCUUCACGGUUCGGCUCGCACAUUCCCUUCAGGAUGGCGACGACCGUCUUAUGCAGCACGAUCGGUCCCUCAGUGCCAUCGUGUCUCUUUCACGUUCGGAUCAUGCAUCCCCUCCAGGAUGGCGACGAACGUCUCAUAUGCAGCACGAUCAGCGCCCCAGCGCCAUCGUGUCUGGCUCGUGUUCGGCUCGCCCAUCCCUUCCAGGAUGGCGACGAACAUCUCUUAUACAGCUCGAUUGGCCCCUCGGCGGCAUCAUGCCUAGUUCACCUCCGGCUCCGCCCAUGCCAUCUCGGAUGGGGGGACCCGUCGUAUGCAGCAUGAUUGGCCCCUCGGCGGCAUCAUGUCUAGUCCACCUUCGGCUCCGCCCAUGCCAUCUCGGAUGGGGGACCCGUCUUACGCAGCGCGUCUGCUUCUCGGCGCUGACAUGCCCGGGUUAUCGAUGAGAGCUACUGCUUCUAUCACAUCUUGCAUUCCCUCUCUCAUACAUUACAUACAUACAUUACAUGCAUACAUACAUUCAUGCAUCAUACCUCAUACAUUCAUACAUACACAUGUGCAUCAUGUUUUGACAGUACCGCGACGUCGGUUUAUAGAUGAUGGACCUCUAAGCUUCUCCGAUUGGAAAGCUCGAGUCAGAGUUCUUUACUCCCGCCUGAUGCAUUCAGGGGGAGUGUGCCCGUGGAGGAGCACCCUUCGCCCGACCCUGUCGGGAAGGGGGGUGCCUCACUGGUAGAUUACGUUCAGGAGUGCAGACACUCACUCAUAUAUGAUGAUUAUGUGAAGACACAAUUUCCAGCAAGACAGAGGAAGAGCGCAGGCAGAGUAUAUUUUCUCGAGCAGAUUCGCGGGCUCACUACUCAAGAAACUGGGGGACUUGUGUUGGGAUAUAUUAUCCCGGCCUAUUACUGUUCAUGAGUCCAAGGCUUUACGUAGUACGGAGCCCGAGCAGCUAGGCCCAUUUCGGCCCAUCCGGCCCACUUUAGCCAUUUGGGCCCACUCCGGCCCAUGCGGCCCAUUAGGGUGGAGAGCAUCCCCUUCCCCUAUUCUCUAUAAAUAUAGGAGUUUCCCUCCAUAUUAUGGAUCCUUUUCUUCUUCCUCCUUCUCACUAGAAUAGCUUAGAACUCCAUUAAUGGGAGCUUCAAUACUUGUACUAUGUAAUGGUGAGGAGAGUCCUAAUGAGAAUGAGAGGGCUUGGACAUUAGCCUAAAAAGUCCCGUGGUUUUCUCCCUUUCGGGUUUCCACGUAAAAAUAGUUUGUUCAUACACAUUCAUACAUAUAUUUACUAUAUCGUGUUGGAUUAAACUCAACAGUUUGAUAAUAUCUUGACUGAAGUGGC